GAACGUCAGGUGGUGUGCCGGGCCACACGAAACCACGAAUAACAUAUCAUAAAACCGGUGAUAGUAACAAAUAUCGGUUAUGUUAAAAUUGCUUGUAGUGCCUAAUAGAUUUAUUUAUUUAGUGGUCCGUUCCUACGUAGGAAAUCGAUUUUGGACCCAAGAAGAUGAUUGAAGACUCGAAGUUCGAAUAAGAAGAUGAGUAGCCAAGACGAAACUGCUGGCCUGCUGGUAGCGCAACCAUCACUGACGAGCACUUCUUCUCCUGCAAACUGCUCUAAACCGGUGCUGAUGCGCCAAGAAUGCACAACAUUCUUGGUGUCGUCGCACCAUCCUCAGCUAUCAGUGUUUUCUGACAGCGAGGAAGAUGGAUCUCUUUGUUUGGAGGAGAAUAGCACUAGGUCGGUGCCCGACAUUGAACUUCACUGCAGGCUGGAUGUGAAAGGAUGCAAGCAGAAUUUGUCGUCGAACAUCCCGACGAGGAACAGGAGCUCAUCAAAUGCAUUUCAGCUUGCUCCCUACACGUCGUCGCCGAGGGGGGUAUUGGAGAGAAGAACGUCUCAGACACCGGCGUCAACCCUGAAAAUCGUGCGUUCUGUGUCAAGAGAGAGCGUGCGAUCCAUUCACCAUUGUACUUGUCCGUGCCUCAAUGCGCCGGUAUCGUGCAGUUCAUGUCCAGUAGCUCCGCCGUCAGUUGUGACGACAUUGCCUGGCUCCAGGAUAAUCCGGCAAAGUUCACAACCUGAAGCCUCAGCACCGUGUUGUGGCGCAAGUUGUGUACAUGGUACGGCCCCAUCCACCUCCCUAAGGCAACUCCGGGACCAUGGCGAAGGCGGCAUCGCGGGAAUUGCGGCGGACUCGCUCCGGAUCAACGGUGCGAUGCGGAAUUUCCGCCAGGGUUCAGGGAUGCUGUCGUCCUCUCAGACCAUGGCGCAAGCGCGCCGAACUCGACUCAAGCGCGCUCUUACAGAAGUAACCAGCGAUACUGUGUCCUAUGUGAAAACGCUACGAAAACCUGUGUCGACUCUUUCUAUCCCCGGAGCGGUGAAAAACUCGAGCAGAGAUUCUGCUGGAGGAAGGAUGCAGCAGGAGGAACCGGGAGUCGCCGUUGUGGGUCACGUGGACUACCCCCGGUUUAUGGAAGAUCGGACUAUAGGAAGUGGAGUGUACAAAGGGCCUUCGUCUGGAAGUCUCAAGCACAAACCCAACGUAGGCUAUCGGUUAGGCAGACGUAAAGCGCUUUUUGAAAAGAGGAAAAGAAUUAGUGAUUACGCUCUUGUUAUGGGGAUGUUUGGGAUUAUUGUUAUGGUUAUAGAAAAUGAACUCUCAAGUGCUGGCGUUUAUCGCAAAGACGAUUUUUACUCAAUUGCGCUCAAAACUCUGAUAUCUGUUUCGACUGUGAUUCUUUUAGGCCUCAUUGUGGCCUAUCAUGCUUUAGAAGUGCAGCUUUUUAUGAUAGACAACUGCGCGGACGAUUGGCGUAUCGCGAUGACUUGGCAGAGGAUCUGCCAAAUCACGAUGGAACUAGUCAUAUGUGCAGUGCAUCCGAUUCCUGGACACUAUCGGUUUGUGUGGACGACUAAAUUGGCCAAUAAUAAAGACGGGGGGAUCGGAUCAAAGUGUGUACCGUACGACGUGCCCUUAUCUUUACCGAUGUUCCUUCGGCUUUACUUAAUCUGCAGAGUGAUGUUACUGCAUAGUAAGUUGUUCACGGACGCAUCGUCGCGCAGCAUAGGAGCUCUUAAUCGAAUUAAUUUUAAUACGCGGUUUGUCUUAAAAACUCUCAUGACCAUCUGCCCCGGAACAGUGCUCUUAGUUUUUAUGGUUUCCUUGUGGAUUAUUGCCAGUUGGACAUUGCGCCAAUGCGAAAGGUUCCACGAUGAAGAACACGCAAACCUGCUUAAUGCUAUGUGGCUGAUAGCGAUCACUUUCCUGAGCGUUGGCUUCGGAGAUAUUGUUCCUAACACGUACUGUGGAAGGGGCAUUGCGGUCAGCACGGGCAUCAUGGGGGCUGGGUGUACGGCCUUACUCGUGGCAGUGGUGUCAAGAAAGUUGGAGUUGACUCGAGCAGAAAAACACGUGCAUAAUUUUAUGAUGGACACUCAACUAACAAAACGGUUAAAAAACGCCGCUGCCAACGUUUUACGAGAAACUUGGUUAAUUUACAAACAUACAAGGCUAGUGAAAAGGGUCAACCCUGGUAGAGUUCGGACUCAUCAGAGAAAAUUUUUACUCGCUAUUUACGCGUUACGUAAAGUCAAAAUGGACCAACGCAAAUUAAUGGACAAUGCCAACACCAUAACGGAUAUGGCGAAAACGCAAAACACCGUGUAUGAGAUAGUUUCCGAUAUGAGCACGAGGCAAGACACUUUAGAAGAUCGUUUGACGACGAUGGAAGAUAAGAUUGUAGCACUUCAGGAGCAGUUAGAUCUGUUACCUGAUCUUAUAGCUACUAGAAUCCAAGCUCAGGCGGAGAAAAUGGAGCAAAGACGUAACUUUUUGCAUCCAGAAUCCGCGGCUGGUCUUCAACAGGCGCGUAGUGUGCCUCCUGGAUGUCCUUGGCCUGGUCCUGCUUUAGCUCCUGUUGGAAAGCAAUCUGCUGCCUCCUCAAACGCACAGAGUUGAUUUCCUUAUUGGGAUUAACUAUGCAACACAGUAUUUAGUCGGUAUAUGUAGAUAUUAAUGAACAUCAUGGCUAGAACUAGUUUUCGGAAUAAAAUUUACUCAUUUCUGGCCUAUUUUCUCGAGCGGACUCACCUAAUUUAUAAAACCAUGAUGAACAAUACUAAAUAUAUAUUGAAAAGUUUAGAGCCUUAUCUAUAUACAGUAUUAGUAAUAAUACAACCACGUUGAUACUAAUAGGCGUUAGAUACUCAAACGACUUCUCAUGUCAUCGAUCAUAAAAUACUAUAAUCAUAUCUCAGCCAAUAGAUAGCCAAUUCCAAAUUUACAAAACACUUCAACCAACCAUUAAUGUGCCAACGAAUGACGUUAAGUUUUUCUUACACCAUACUGACGCUAUUUUCAGACUUUUAUACGAUUGAACCAUUUUCUAUGUAAAUUUGAGAUAUGAUAAAGUAGUUUUUUAAUAAAUCUAUUUUGAAGUCUGAUUCGGAAGAUAGAGACCAUCACUUCCUAGAAACCAUUGGUCUAAUUACGCAAUGUGUUGGUCUGACAUUUUCAGAUUUCAAAUUAUGUUUUAAUUCAUUUUUAAAAGCUAUAAAAUUAGUUUAGUCUCAUUCUGCCACAUUCACAAGAAAUUGGCUUAAUUAUAAAUGUGGUAGAGUGCAAGUCCACUAAUUUGUUAAUUCAUUUUUCAUCAAACUUCAGCCAAAAUUAAGCUAUUAGUUAAUUAUAAAUUCCAUUAGAAAAGCUUCGUUAAAUGCUUUAAUUCCAGUUAUAUUUAAUGACUUGACUGACUGAAGUUUUAGAUGUAGUACGUUAUAUGAUUAUAGUAUUUUGUUUAAAAAUCUAUAAACCAACGAUAAGCACAUUUACUUUGUGUAUACACAAUUCAUGGAUUCCCUUAACUAAACACAAAUAGUCAUACAAUAGUAAUCGCCAUUUCUAAUCUUUUUUUAAUCUAAUUUAUAUAAUAAGCCUCAAACAGUCCUCAGUAACGGUUUUUCUAUUGUAGCAUAUUUAUGUGUAAAGAAAUUAUGUAACAAUAUUUUUAUUUUACUAUUCUCGUGGAAUGUCAAAUUACAUGGCUUCGGUCAUGUAAAACUUGUUAUACAUAGUUUCUAAAAACAAUACAUCAACUAGUGCAUUUUUAAACAAUGAGUACUUCCACAAUUGACAUAAAGUAUAUUAUUGAUAAACAUAUUUCUUAUUCAGGCAUUUCGCACCGAUUGUACCAUACUUCAUACAUUUUUAAAUUUUAUUUCUCUUUUAAAUCAUUCACUUUGUAAAUAUAGCUAUUGUAAAUACUGGAUAAGAAAUAUGAGUGUGAAAGUAAAGCUUUAGAUUUGAUAAAUCAGUGAAAAUACUGGUGUGAUAGUGUAUGGUGCACCUUAAGCAUUAUAUAUAUAUUCAGAGGUCCAAAUUGUUAAACUGUUAGAGUUUUCUGCAAUUUCACAAGUUUUAUAAGCAUAUAUUAUAUAAUUUAGUAUAUACCCUAUAUUAUACAAGACGUAUAUCAGCAUAGUUAGCCUGUUUUAAAUUUCUUAGCGUUAUAUAUUUUCAAGUGCAUUUUCAUGUUACCCUACUCAUGUUACCAACGAAUAAACUACUAGUUUCCUAGA